CCUCUGUCUUCUGUGCUUUGCUUCUCGUUUCGAUCAAAGCGAAUUCCGACCUCCUUCUUCUUCUUCCUUCAUUGAUCAGUAGGGAGAUCGAAGAUGCAUUCGACGCACUUGCUUCUUGAGGAGCCCAUUAGGAUGGCUUCCAUCCUCGAGCCAUCCAAGUCUAAUUUCUUUCCUGCAAUGACAAAAAUCGUCGGGACACUGGGUCCGAAGUCGAGAUCCGUUGAAGUUAUUUCUGGUUGUCUCAAGGCUGGGAUGUCAGUUGCACGUUUUGAUUUUUCAUGGGGAGGCACCGACUAUCACCAAGAGACUCUAGAAAAUUUGAAGACGGCUGUCAAAAGUACUAAGAAGCUCUGCGCUGUUAUGCUGGACACAGUGGGACCAGAGUUGCAGGUUAUAAAUAAAGAUGAACAUUCCAUUUCGCUUCAGGAAGAUGCUUAUGUUGUUCUAACACCUGAUCAGGAUAAGGAAGCCACUUCAGAGCUAUUGCCAAUCAACUUUUCUGGAUUGGCAAAGGCAGUGAAGAAAGGAGAUACCAUUUUUAUUGGUCAAUACCUGUUCACAGGAAGUGAAACUACUUCUGUUUGGCUGGAGGUAUCUGAGGUGAAGGAUGAAGAUGUAGUCUGUAUGAUAAAAAACACUGCUACUCUCACUGGUUCCUUGUUCACUUUGCAUGUUUCUCAAAUCCAUAUUGAUCUGCCUACCCUGACCGAAAAGGAUAAAGAAGUUAUAAGUACAUGGGGUGUUCGCAACCAUAUAGAUUUCCUCUCCUUGUCAUAUACCCGGCAUGCAGAAGAUGUUCGCAAUGCCCGUGAGUUGCUUUCCAAAUCGGGUGAUCUUCAUCAGACACAGAUUUUUGCAAAGAUUGAAAACAUAGAGGGCCUAACCCAUUUUGAUGAGAUUCUACAAGAAGCAGAUGGCAUUAUUCUCUCUCGCGGGAAUCUGGGCAUAGAUCUUCCUCCUGAGAAGGUGUUUUUAUUUCAAAAGGCUGCUGUUUACAAGUGCAACAUGGCUGGAAAGCCUGCAGUGGUUACUCGUGUUGUGGACAGUAUGACUGACAAUCUGAGACCUACUCGUGCAGAGGCAACAGAUGUUGCCAAUGCUGUAUUAGAUGGGAGUGAUGCAAUUCUUUUAGGUGCAGAGACUUUAAGAGGAUUGUACCCUGUUGAGACCAUUUCCACUGUUGGUAAAAUUUGUGCUGAGGCGGAGAAGGUUUACAAUCAAGAUUUGUAUUUCAAGAAGACUGUCAAAUACGUUGGAGAACCAAUGACCCACUUGGAAUCAAUUGCUUCCUCUGCGGUUCGUGCAGCAAUUAAAGUGAAGGCUUCUGUAAUUAUUUGCUUCACCUCAUCUGGAAGGGCUGCAAGAUUGAUUGCGAAAUAUAGGCCAACAAUGCCUGCUAUAUCAGUUGUUAUUCCUCGACUGAAAACAAAUCAACUCAAGUGGAGCUUUACUGGUGCUUUUGAGGCAAGGCAAUCACUUAUAGUCAGAGGUCUUUUCCCCAUGCUUGCAGAUCCCCGACAUCCGGCGGAGUCGACAAGCUCCACAAAUGAGUCGGUCCUGAAGGUUGCUCUUGAUUAUGGCAAAGCAUCUGGUGUCGUAAAGCCACAUGAUCGUGUUGUUGUUUGCCAGAAAGUUGGGGAUGCAUCUGUGGUGAAGAUUAUUGAGCUUGAAGAUUGAAACCUGUUUCCAUCUCCCUAAUUUUACACGUCUUGUCUUAUGUUUUUUUGCCCUUUGUUUCUACAUUUUGUCCGAGGUCGGUAGACCUUUGUUGUGGGCUUACCAAGUUGCCGGUGCCAAAAUAUGAGAUUGUAGGUGACAUGUAUUAAGGGUGUACACCGAGGUAGUGAGUAUUCAACCAUAAUUUAAAGCUUUGGUCGCUAUACUUUGAUUACUUGAUUGAAUCAAUCUGCGUCUUCAAAU